UGUCGAUCGCGUAUCGUUCCAGACCUACUGUAGCAGCUUCCAGCAUCAAGAGAGUUUAAUCGCAGCCUUUUUUUCUUCUUUCUGGCCUGUUAGGCAUUGCCAACGAUCCAGUCGCAUGUACAGUGGGCAGCCAGUCGUCAUGUCUGUCAGCGAAUCCGUCAAGAAGAACUUAAUCGUCGUCUCCAACCGUCUGCCGCUGUCAGUCAAGCGUGCUCCUGAUGGCUCGUAUCAGUCGAAUGUUUCUAGCGGAGGGCUGGUCACCUCUCUGUCUGGUCUGACGAAGACUACGAAGUUCCGCUGGUUUGGAUGGCCCGGACUUGAAGUCAAGGAACCGUCAGAGAUCGAGGAGGUUAAGAGGAGUUUGGGGGAACACGACGCGUACCCCAUAUUUUUGUCUGAUGAACUUGCUCACGAGCAUUAUAAUGGAUUUUCCAAUCAAAUCCUAUGGCCUAGCCUCCACUAUCACUCUGGCGUGCUAUUUAAGGAUGGACCCUGGGAAGCUUACCGAAAAGUAAACGAAUUAUUUGCGGACAGCGUCGCAGAAGCAGCGAAUGAUGGAGAUCUCAUCUGGGUGCACGAUUACCAUCUGAUGCUUCUCCCGAAGCUUCUUCGCGAGCGGUUAGCCAAGCAGGGAAAGAGAUGCCCUAUUGGGUUCUCUUUGCACACGCCAUUCCCAGCUGCGGACUUCUGGCGUUCGCUACCCGUAUCAGCGGAGUUGUUGCAAGGCUUGCUAGCAAGUAACCUGGUUGGCUUCCAUACGGAUGAAUACAAGCAGAACUUCAUCAACAGCUGUGGUCUGGUCCUCAACGCGGAUACAACGAUCCCGAAUAAGAUUCAAUACAAUGGCCGCCUCAUCUUGACGGACAAAUUCAUCGUCGGAAUUGACCCGCAGAAGUUCGUGGAUACGAAGCAACAACCUGAUGUCCAGAACCGUAUCAGCCAGUUGAAUGAGCGUUAUAAGGACAUCAAAGUCAUUCUGGGGGUGGAUAGGCUGGAUUACAUCAAGGGUCUCACCCAGAAGCUCAUCGGAUAUGAUACCUUCUUAGAUGAGCAUCCGGAAUGGAGAGGGAAGGUCCUUCUCAUUCAAGUCGCCGUGCCGAGUAGAGAAGAUGUGAAAGAGUAUCAGGAAUUGGAGACUGAGAUAAGUACCAUUGUGGGAAAGAUCAAUGGCAAAUAUGCUACUCCUGAUUCGACUCCGCUAUUAUACCUCCACCGUUCAGUCCCUUUCCCAGAGCUUACUGCUCUGUACUCCGUUGCCGAUGUGUGCCUUCUUUCCUCGACUCGUGAUGGAAUGAACCUUGUCUCCUUUGAAUACGUCGCAUGCCAGCAAGAGAAACACGGGGUGAUGGCUCUUUCUCAGUUCACUGGAGCGUCCGCAUUUAUGAAGGAUGGGGCCAUUAUAUUCCAUCCUGCUAAUCCGAAGGAUAUAUCAGAAGCAGUGAAUAAAGCCCUAACCAUGCCGGAAGAUCAGCGCAAAGCCAACUAUGAGAAGUUGAAGAAUUUCAUCGAGUAUAAUACUAGCGGUCGGUGGGGAGAGACCUUUGUCGGUACUCUGUCAGGUUGCGCUGCUUAAUAUGCGUCGAGGACAUUGAUGAUCUGUUUUGCUCUGUUUUGUCCAUAGUCUAGCGAGUAGGGAGAAUGUCAUUUAAAACGUACCCAUUGUAUUGUUCCUAUGCUUAUCUCUGCCCUGUAUUCCACUAUCUAUGUAGGUCUUCUUGGCUGUAUUCUCGAUGUAGGCUUCGUCGGCGUGCUUUUCCAAGUUCUAGAUGUCAAGUGUCCUGUUCAUGAUCAGAAGAAUCUUCGUCUAUAUCCUUC